UCUCUCUCUCUCUCUCUCUCUCUCUCUCUCUCUCUCUCUCUCUCUCUCCUCAACUAUAUAUUUAUAGCCCCCUAAGCUCUACCCUAAACAUCACCACAACUGAUCGAUCAAUCAACACAGCUCAUUAAGAUAUAUAUAAUUAAUUAGUUUUCAGGUGGUUAUUACAUAAAUCAAUCAAUGGCGGACUCCGGCGGCGGCGGCGGCGUUGGUAUUAGGAGAAUGUGCUCGAUACCGGAGAAGUUCCAGCUGCACAUGUCUAUGUUAGCGUUGCAGUUUGGAUACGCAGGUUUCCACGUGGUCUCACGCGCUGCCCUUAACAUGGGCAUCAGCAAGAUUGUCUUCCCUGUUUAUCGAAACAUUCUUGCCUUAUUUCUCCUCUUGCCCUUUGCCUAUUUUCUUGAAAAGAAAGAAAGGCCGCCUCUUACUUGGAACUUGGUCAUCCAGUUCUUCCUCCUCGCAAUUGUUGGGAUAACUGCAAAUCAAGGGUUUUACUUGUUGGGAUUGGACAACACAUCACCCACUUUUGCUUCUGCUAUACAAAAUUCAGUUCCCGCCAUAACCUUUCUCAUGGCAGUUGUACUCAGGAUAGAGAAAGUGAGACUUGAUAGAAAAGACGGGAUCUCAAAGGUGGCGGGAACACUAUUCUGCGUGGCGGGUGCAUCGGUUAUCACGCUCUACAAAGGGCCCACCAUCUACAGCCCCGCCGGAACGACGCUGAAGAGCACGGCGGCGGUGGUGGUGGAGGCUGUGCCGGCGGCGUUGCUGUCACAGCUGGGAGAUGCGAAGGGGAAGAGCUGGACGAUGGGUUGUAUAUUCUUGAUCGGGCACUGCCUAUCGUGGUCCGGGUGGCUCGUGCUGCAGGCGCCGGUUCUGAAAAAGUACCCGGCUCGGCUCUCUUUCACUUCUUACCAGUGCUUCUUUGGUGUGUUGCAGUUUCUUUUGAUCGCCGCUUUUGUCGAGAGGGACCCGCAGGCUUGGCUCGUCCACUCCGGCGCCGAGCUUUUCAGUGUUUUCUAUGCGGGAGUGGUGGCAUCUGGGAUAGCAUUCGCGGUACAAAUAUGGUGCAUAGAUAGAGGAGGCCCAGUGUUUGUAGCUGUUUAUCAACCUGUUCAGACACUUGUUGUUGCCAUUAUGACUUCUGCUCUCUUGGGCGAGGAAUUCUACUUGGGCGGGAUUAUUGGUGCAGUAUUGAUCAUAACGGGAUUGUAUUUUGUUCUAUGGGGCAAAAAUGAGGAGAGGAAAUUUGGAUUAGCCCAAAAGGCUGAGAUCCACUCCCCCGCGGAACACGGUAACAACAGUGAACCCUCUAGCAUCAAGUCGUCGAUCACUCAGCCACUUCUUUCACAGUCAACGGGAAAUGUUUGACGGCCGGUUAAUUUUGACUACAAAGGCUUUCUUUUUGCUGGAAAGGAUAGUAUUUUUUCAAUCCAGUUCUGUUAUGAUUAUAUAUCGAUUAUGUAAAAUGGGUUUGCAUUGUGUAUCACAGUUGCUAUUUUAUUAGGGUUUUUUUUUUAUUUAAAAAAAAAAAAAAGAAAAUAAAAAAAUUAUAGUAGCUAGUGAGUGGGUUUAAAGAAGAGUGAAGAAAAAUGAUGAGGGUAAUUAUGGUAUUGUGAUAUAUCAUAUAUCUCAUGUAAUAUCUUUUAUGUUAAUUGCUACCAACUUUAUUAAUUAGUGCUUGAUCAUUCUA